AGAGCAUCGGCAUGAUGGCAGGAGCAGUGACGGGCAUAGUGGCUGGAGCCCUGCUCAUCUUCCUGUUGAUAUGGCUGCUGAUCCGAAGGAAAAGCAAAGAGAGAUAUGAGGAAGAAGACAGGCCUAAUGAAAUUCGGGAAGACGCUGAAGCCCCCAGGGCUCGCCUUGUGAAGCCUAGCUCCUCCUCCUCAGGCUCCAGGAGUUCGCGCUCUGGCUCUUCCUCCACCCGGUCCACAGGGAAUAGUGCCUCGAGAAGCCAGAGGACACUGUCCAGUGAGGCAGCGCCACAGCCGGGGCUGGCCACCCAGACAUACAGCCUAAUAGGACCAGAAUUGAGAUGUUCUGAACCAAAGAAAGCCCACCAUGCGACCCUGACCAAAGCAGAAACCACACUCAGCACAGUCCCCAGCCAGAGCAAAGCCUUCCAAACUGUGUGAUGUAGAGAGGACUUAUGUUGCGCUUUUCCGGAAGUCGGGAUCUUAGCCUAGCCAUUGGAGCUCGUUCACCAGCCACACCAGCCCUUCAGCCAGAUAAGAGCUCACUUAAAUAGCUGCAGACAUGGCAUGGACCAGUACCGAUGAGCACCUUCCUUAUAGGACACCAAACAAACAAAAGGACGAGAACGGAGGCCAACCAUCCACCUCCAAAGGCACUUGGCUGCGCCUUCAGACAGACUGGAGGGGAGGAGGGAGCCCAAAUUUAUUUUGCUGAUGGGGACUUGUGGUGAAAACAAGGGAAAGGUGAGGCUGCAUACACCUAAGACAUCUUACCUAGGAUGUUGCAAGUCACCACAGUCAGAAAGAAACGAGAAUCUCGUAGAUCAAUUUUCUAUUCAUUUCUGCAAAUUUAUUGGAUUAGUGUGAUUAUUCAGAUAGUCAAAACAGAAGCCCACGCCUUAUAAUAUACCUAUCUGCAGCAUGUACUGGGAGAACUGCUUCUAAGAAACUCAAUUAAAAAAAAAAAAAAAAAAAAGAAACUUUUUUUUCUACCUUGACUUGAUUUCACGAGUCAUAAGGUUUGAACAUUAAUUUGAAAUGGUGGGAGACAGAGAAAAGCUAUUUUUCUCUUACCU